AUGGGUCAAAUCAGCAAAUUAGAACAGGAAAAUCAUGAAGUAGACAGUGAUAUCGAAUGCAUUGAAGAUCUUGAAGCGGAGCGUCAAAGAAAAAAAGACGACAAGAAAAAGCGUAAAUUAUUCAAGAAAAUGAAUGUUCCUAGAUUGGAAAUUACCGUCAAGUAUAUGAGAAAAGAAAAAAGAAAAUUCAAAAAGCUGUUGAAAAAGAACAAGUCUGACACCACGCCCGAAGAUUUUCCUGCAUUCAAACCGAUUGAUGACUUUGGCGAUAUGGAUUUAAGUGAUCUAGUGCCAGAUUUCAAUUCUGUUUUUACAUUGUUGUUGGAGAAAACUGAAAACAUGAAGCUGUGGCAAGAUUUUAUUAAUUUACCACAAGAAGAACAGGAAAGGAUAUUGAACAAGAAUAAAGCAAAAAAGAAAACAAAUUUCAAAGUUAAGGGCAAGCAUAAUCGAGAACCUCAAGAUGCAGACAUGCAUUUGGCCAAACUGCGUUACAAUAGUAUUGAUCCAAAUAUUCGUAAAAUUAUCCAGACAAAUGACUACAUUCCUUGGGAUUUACUUAAAAUUGUUGAGGAAGAUGUCAUAUCUCCAUUUUCCAAGGAUUUUGAUGGGAUUUUGGUGAUGAUCAUGGAAAAUAGGCUCCUUAUACACGGGCUGUGCCAGUAUCAUGAACUAAAAUCCAUCAGUGAUAAUUAUAACGGCGUCCGUCAUACAGUGGUAGAGUAUACUGGUGAAAAUUUUACGAGGUUCCCUGUAGCAUUCUCGAGUUAUCUGCAUGAAAUUUGUGCUCAAAAUUAA